GUAUAUUAUAGAUUUUCAAUGCUGGCAGUGAAUAUUGGAAUGCAGCCAUUGUCGUGGUAUACGAGCUAAGUAACUUUUACAGUUAGAAAAAGUGAAAUCAAGUUACUUUACUAAAAAAUUUCAGAAUUAUCUUCAUAAACCAAUUCGAACCUAGGAAUACUUUACACAUAUUAUACAACUCGACAAAUGGCGUGACUAUCUAGUUAGCGGCGGCCAAGCUAGAUAUAAAAUAGAGAAAGGAAAGAUUGCGAAUAUAUUAAACAGGUAACCUAAUCUUGCCACAAAGAGAAACAUUAUCAUAAAUAGGAAUAAAACAUAAUCCAGAAAAGUUAUAAUAAGAACUGGUGUAGUAAAGGUGGUUGUAUAGAAAAAAGAGGAAUAUUGGAAGAAAUAUUUAUAGUUUUUUAUUUAUUACGAGAUGGGUCGACGCAAGAGCAAACGAAAGCCACCUAUUAAGAGAAAGGCUAUCCAACCACUGGACACUCAAUUCAAUUGUCCAUUUUGUAAUCAUGAAAAGUCAUGUGAUGUUAAAAUGGACAAAUCAAGAAACACAGCCAAGAUAACAUGUAGAGUAUGCUUGGAAGAUUUUCAGACAACAGUGAACCUACUCUCAGAACCUUUAGAUGUAUACAAUGAUUGGAUUGAUGCUUGUGAGAAUGCUAAUUGAGAAACCAUCAAUCAUAUUAUCUAGAUAAGAUCUUUGCGUAUCCAUAUAAUAGUUUGUACAUAUUAUAGCUUUAAGUUUUUAAAUAUUUCUAUUUAUAUCACUAUUAUAGUUUUAUGCACAUUGCUUUAUGGACAAUAGAUAUGUUUGGAUACGAUAUUCAAUGUAGUUAUUUGAUUCUGACACUUUAAAUACAUAAGUAAUAUUUUCCAAAAAGAAAUUUACAAGUUGACU